AUGAAUGAAAAGGCUACACAGUUGGUUUCUGCGAUCAAAAUUGAAGUGGAAAAAAUAAACAAGAUCCAUUUGAAAUUACCAGCUCGAAAAAAUGAUUUGAUUCAAGAAAAGAUUCGAUCACUCCAAGAAAUCGCCUUAAAUUCAAACGUGAAAGAUUUUGGCAAUUGGAUAAGCGAAAACUAUAAAAAGUUUAUUGAAACACCACUUCCAAUUAUGUCAUCAUCAGAAGUUAAAUCAAAUUCGGUUUUAUUAGGUACAUUUUCGAUUAUAAAUUAUGGUGAGUUUCAAAGAUUGUGCUUACUUAUAAAAGAAAUAUACCAAUCAAUUUAUAUUUGCAGUGAUGUUUUCCCUCCAUAUAAAAAAUACAUUUGCUCAAAAGACCAAAUUCAUCCAUUACUUAGCUAUAUAUCUCCCCAAAAUAAUAUCUUUCCAAAAGACACAGAAGUUUUUGCUGCUAUACCAUCAGCAAACCCAAAUUUAAUCAAAAUUGUUAAAGGCAAGAUUUUAAAGUCAUCAUCAAUGAUCGAAUCAGACUAUUACUCAAUAAAACUUGAAAAUGGGCAAAUACAUAGAACCUAUGUUAAAUUCAUUACAAAAGCAAUUUCUCCUUAUGAAAAAGAUGAUGCUAAGAAAGAAGAAUUUCUUAAAAAUCCAAAACUUCCAGAUUUGCUCAUUCCUUAUUCAAUAGAUCCAUGUUCUGCCCAUUGCGAACUAAAUAAUCUUGUAACAACGUCAAAAAGAUCGAAAAUAAAGAUAACCCCUUUCUAUACUUCUGCCAUAAAUACAUUAUCCAGUAUAGAACGUUCAUUAACGCAAGCAAAUUUUCCGAUGUUAGUAAAAGGAGAAUUGCCUAUUUAUUUGCGCCGUCCACCUCCAGAAUUGAUGUCAAAAUCAACAUCAAUAUCUCUCAGACGUCCUGAUACUUUUGAUGACGAAAGAACAGUAAUUCACCUCCAGAGAUUGGUAUAUGAUGAAGAUUCUCUAUAA